AUGCCAUUAAUUAUUUUAACAGGUUUACCGAACAGUGGAAAAACUACCCGAGCAACAGAAUUAAAAAAUUAUUUUGAAAGUGUUCAGAAUAAAAAAGUUGAAAUCAUAAGUGAAGUUCAGGCUAUUGUCAAAGCAGGUUAUGAUAAAAAUACAUUUUAUGCAGAUUCAAAAAAAGAAAAAGCGGUAAGAAAUAACAUAAGAUCCAGUACUCAGCAUCUCCUGAAUUCAAACGACAUACUGAUACUUGACGGAAGUAAUUACAUAAAAGGAUAUCGAUAUGAACUUUAUUGCUUGUCUAAAUCAUUUAAAACACCACAAUGUACUGUUUACUGUGAUAUUCCUGUUGAACGCGCCUGGUUAUUGAACGAACAACGACCAGAUUGUGAUAAGUAUUCACAAGAAAUUUUUGACGCACUAGUUAUGAGGUAUGAAAUGCCAGACAGUAAAAAUAGAUGGGAUUCUCCAUUAUUUUCAGUAACGCAAGAAGACAAAUUACAAUUAGAAGAGAUUUAUAAUUCAUUGUACCUUGUUAAACCACCUAAACCUAAUAUGAGUACUCAGAUACCACAAGUUUCAUCGACGAAUUACUUGUAUGAACUUGAUAGGAUAUCACAGGAAAUUAUAAACGAAAUAAUUAACGCUGAAAAAUUAGGAAUUACAAGUGACAUAAAGCUGUCACGAUAUAAUCUGUCAGUCGACCAAGGGACAAAUGCUGGCCAAUUAAAUCGUUUACGGAGACAGUUUUUAACUUACAGCAAAAUGCACCACGUUGAAGUGGAUCAAAUUCCUCUAUUAUUUGUGAAAUACCUCAACUCAAAUAUGUAA